UUUUAAUUGUUUUAUCUCCUGAUGACCAAUAACUGAUUAGAUUAUGAGACCGGUAUCAAUGGAACUUGUGGUUCCCUGCAAUUCCUGCACUUCACUCCACCGGAAACCGCCUCUUCACCCGCGAGUCUCAUCUCUGAAACGCAGUGCUUUUUCCUUGAAAUGCCGACGCACAACUACAUCAGAGCUCCAGUCUCCGGUGAGCGUUACCUGCCGGGACGGUAGUCUUUCCCCUUCCAUUCCAACUCAUAAAGUCACCGUCCACGACAGAUUUCGAGGUGUCGUUCACGAAUUUGUUGUUCCUGAGGACCAAUACAUAUUACAUACGGCUGAAUCUCAAAACAUUACGCUUCCAUUUGCAUGCAGGCACGGUUGUUGUACUAGCUGUGCCGUCCGUGUAAAGUCUGGACAAAUAAGACAGCCUGAAGCUCUUGGGAUAUCUGCUGAAUUGAAAGCAAAGGGAUAUGCACUUCUUUGUGUGGGGUUUCCAUCGUCUGAUGUUGAAGUGGAAACACAAGAUGAAGAUGAGGUAAUGUGUAUUGGCUUCAAUUUGGAAGAUAUUUUGCUCGAGGACCAAUUGAAAGGGAUGACUAUGCGUUGGAGCUAGCCCUGGGUGAUGAAUAAGCUGCUUACAUUACAUUAGUGAAAGUUGAGCAUAAACCAUGUAAAGCCUGCUGCGGAUUCUGUAUCUUUUCAUUUUUAUAGUACCCCAGCUGAAGCACUGUGAUUAUGACUCAGUGAAUUUGACAUUGUUGACAUCUUUAAGUUACAUGUAUUAACUUCUUCAAUGUAUGUUUUCCUUGUGCCAA